CCAUAGCUCCCUAAUGAUGAGCAAAGGAGUGGAUCAGAUGACUGAGAGGAUCUUAAACCUCACUUUGGAGGUCAUCUACCUGCUAACUGGAGAGGAUUACGUGGUUGUAAAGAACCAGGGAGACCGUAUGAGAAAUGAUAGAAGCUCCCGUGUAUCAGACAGAUUCUGCAGGCCCCAGAACCCUUUCAUGGAUCACCCAAAUUACCCACAGGAGAGGAACAGUGAUCAGAAGGUCUUGGAACUGGCCAACACGGUUAUCCAUCUGCUGACUGGAGAGGUUCUUUCAAGGUGUAAAAAAGUGACAUUUGGCUUCUCCAUGGGAGACAUAGACUACUUUGAGGAGCACAAGGAUCCAUACCAAAACCUCAUGAUGGACAAACAACAGGCCCUCUGUUCAUUGGACUGUGAUAUUGUGAAUCAGGAAAUGACAGCAGAGAAGGAGAGAAGUCCAAAAGCCGGUGGGAAUGACCAUCAGGCCCUUCCAGAAAAUAAUAUACAUGAAGAUAUAUGUGCAGAGGUAUCUAGCAGCAGAUCUAAGGUAGAGAACAAUCACAGCUCUCAUUAUUCAUCAGAUGACAUACUGGAAGAUAACCAGAUUACAUCAGAUUACCAGAUGGAGCGAGAAGGUGAUAUAUUUCCGCUACGGUGUAAGCAAGAAGAAGACUCUACAGAAAUCAGCCCAGGCUUGUCAAUUACCUGGGAAUCCCAUCCAGAACAAAACGAUCUUUGUCUUUCUGCUCCAGAAUGUGGAGUGAGUGAUCAUGACAUUACCCAGAAUCCUUCAGAAUCAGACAUUAUAAGUGACCAAUUGUCCAGCGACACGAUGAGUAACCCUGUGAAUAUCCUCGAAAAAGAUUUAAAUCUCACCGACUUUGCCAAAGAACCUGUAUGGACCGCAAAUUCACUCCUAGCUACUGAGUUAUGUAGCAAAGAAAACUCAGAUAUGCAGAAAAAUCCCCAGAGUUUGUCGGUAACAAUGUAUAAAUGCAGAGAGUGUGAAAAAAGUUUCCAAAACGAACUAGAUCUCAUCUAUCACCAAGGGACACACUGUACGGAGUUGAUCUACGCAUGUACCGAGUGUCAAGGAACUUUCAAUGGCCAUUCAGAUCUGCUCAACCAUCAGACAGUCCACACGGGAAAGAAACUGUUUGUCUGUUUCGAAUGUGGCAAAUCUUAUACUCAGAGCGCCAAUCUUCUCGUACACCUUAGAUUUCACACCAGAGAAAAACCAUUUUCCUGCUCGGAUUGUGGCAAAUGUUUUACGCACAAAUCAACCCUUGUUAAACAUCAGAGAAUUCACACCGGGACGUUUGCGUGCUCUGAUUGCGGCAAGUGCUUCAGCCAGAAUUCAAAUCUUGUCGUGCAUCAGCGAAGUCACACUGGCCAGAAGCCGUAUGCAUGUUCGGACUGCGGAAAAUGUUUCAGCAAAAACUCAAAUUUGGUUAUACACCAGCGCAUUCACACAGGAGAGAAGCCAUUUGUGUGCUCACAUUGUGGAAAGUCGUUUACGCAGUGCUCUAACCUCCUGACACAUCAGAGAAUCCACACAGGUGAAAGACCUUACAUAUGCUCUGAAUGCGGAAAAUGCUUUGCCCAGAUACCCCAUCUCAUUAAACAUCAAAAAAGCCACAAAUAAAGAGACAAUUUUGUUUUCAA